AUGUGGUGCUGGCAGUGGGCGGCAGUGGAGGUGCUUCCGGCCCCCAAGGGCCCCAACGAGAGUGGGACUGUGGCAGAUGGUGGAGCAGUGGCAGCUGAGGAGACUCUGGGGCUCUCCGUGGCCAAGGAAAAACCCAAGGAAGGGGUCAAGGCUGAGAGCAAUGAUCAGAUUAAUUUGUAGGGCGGGCAGGAUGGGUCUGUGGUGCAGUUUAAGAUGAAGAGGCACACACCAUUUCGUAAACUAAUUGAAGCCUAUUGUGAACAACAGGACACACCUGCACAGUUGGAAACGGAGAGGGGAGAUACCAUUGAUGUGUUCCAGCAGCAGACAGGGGGUGUCUACUAAAA